CCACGGACAUAUUUUUCGUUGCAUCCACACGCUUUUGCAGUGGUCGGCUAAUGAAAUGUAGCAUGUUUGGCCCAAGAUAUCACAAGUACACCUCAGGCAGUAGAUUAUAGUAUUUAUUUGACUGGCUGUUACAAGUAAAAUAUACAGAAGGAUGUUUACCAAAGCGUUUCGUGUGAAAUCCAAUACUGUUAUCAAAGGAUCCGACAGGAGGAAGCUGAAAGCAGACGUCUCCGCAGCCUUUCCCUCGCUGUCUGCCGAUGACCUCAAGGAGCUUGUCCCGAACAAAGAAGAACUGAACGUUGUAAAAAUCUACGCACACAAAGGAGAUGCUGUCACUCUGUAUGUGCUCCACCGGAACCCCCUGUUCUUCCAGCUGGAGAAACAUUUGUAUCCUACAGUGUACACACUUUGGCAAUAUCCUGAUCUGUUGCCAGCCUUCACAACAUGGCCUCCAGUGCUACAGAAAUUAACUGGAGGGGCAGAUCUGAUGCUGCCAGGAGUCGUGAUUUCCUCUACAGGUCUACCAGAUGUAAACAAAGGGAACAGCUGUGCUGUUAACGUCGUGUCAAACAGAGCUCCUGUAGCGGUGGGUACAGCCGCCAUGUCAAGCAGAGAGAUGAGGACCAGUGGGAUGAAGGGGAAAGGAGUAAACGUGUUACACACGUACAUGGACCAGCUGUGGGCUUUUGGAGAUAAGUCUGCUCCUCCAGUCAUCUCGGUCACCGAUCCUUCGGUUCAGGCAGAGGCCGACCUGGAUGCCAGGGAAAGUGGAGAAGAGGAAACGGAAGAAAUGGCUCGGGAAAGUGAAGGACAGAACGACGUGUCUGGGAUGACUGCAGUGGAAUCGUCCUGUCAGAAUUUCCAGGAUCUCAGCAUCCAAGAUGGUAGGAAAGAGGAGAAGACAGAGGAGGUACAUGGAGAGCAGGAAGACACGCGAUCACUGCAAGAGCAAAUGGAUUCUCUGUUGUUCCAGUGUUUCCUCCACGCCCUGAAGAGUAAAGUGAAGAAGUCGGAGCUCCCCCUGCUGACCGGCACUUUUCUGCGCAAGCACAUGGCCGCAUGCUGUCCUAAAGGAAAAAAUCUGGACAUAAAAAAAUCCAGCUAUAAGAAGCUCUCGAAGUUCCUGCAGUCUAUGCAAAAGGAGCACAGUCUGGUUCGGGUUAAGGAGCUCAGUAAAGGAGUGGACAGCAUUGUAGAGGUCGACUGGAGGAACCCUGAAUUGUGUUCCUUCUGCAUCCCUGAGGACUGGGAGCCCCCAGAGGACUGUGCUGAGGAUAGAGUGAGCUGUGAGGUGGUCUACAAACCCCCUGAAAUCACCCUGCUUUACGCGGUCACCGCACGCCUAGAGCCCCUGUUCCAGGACGCAAAGAAAAAAAAGGGUACAGUGCUACAGGCCAGCGAAGUCCGGAGCAUCAUCACCGAUUAUGUGAAAAGAAACGAGCUGGUCCACGAAAUCAACAAAAGUUAUGUGAACAUUAGUCCCGUGCUGUGCGACUGCUUACUGGAAAAAUCGGAGUAUCAGGAGGUCGGGACGUUAAAAUGGGACGAUCUCUUCAGCCGGACUCUGAGCAGGAUGCAGUCCUGCCAUCAGCUGCAGUUUCCAGGCCAGGUUCCUGUGGUCAGGAAAGGGCAGGUGGACCCCAUCGAUAUCAGUGUAGCCUCCAGAGGCUCUAACAAGAAGGUGACAACAAUAAAGAACUUGGAGGGGUUUGGGAUAGAGCCAGCUGUGGUAGCAGACACACUGCAACAUGUAGUCCAGGCCAGUUCCGUCCUCCACGAUGUCCCUGGAGCCAAAGACCGGCAGCUUGUACAGAUUCAGGGCAACCAGGUGCAUCACAUCGGCAAACUGUUACUAGAGCAAUAUCAGAUCCCUCGCAAAUACAUCCAGGGUUUGGAUAAAGCUCCGAAAGCAGGCAAGAAGAAAUAGAAUGUGCCUUACACUACCGACUGUACAAUGCUGAAACAUAGACAUGAACUGCUGGCCUUAUUCAUUACUUGUGUACUACUCCUAGACUUCUCCACCGGCACAAUGGAAUCAAAUACUAGAAGAAAACAAUUCAGCUUUCAAGAUUAUUUUGAUAAAUGUGGUACAUAAAAAUGUAAAGUACAUAAAGUCAGAAGAUGAUACACAUUCUUUUUAUGUAAUGUAACCAUAAUGCUAUAAAACCAUACCAUUUCAGAA